CCAAUUAGUUUUACCGUUUUGCCCUGGUUUUUGUAUAAUUGUGGCUAGAAAUAAUUUAAAAAGUUGUCCUUAGCAUUCAUUUACAGUAUUAAAUAAACUAUGGCUAGGCUUAGUAACGAAAUAGUGAACGAAAUUGUUAACAGUUGCUUGUAUUUGUACAGUAAGCUGCCGAAAACAGGAAAACCUGUUGAAAAAGAGUGGACAGUACUUUCGUGUGUGGUGCAAUAUGAUGUUUUAAGUGAUAGAUAUGAGGUGGUCUCUCUAGGAACAGGCUCAAAGUGCAUAGGAGCUGUUAAAAUGACGCCAGACGGCACUUUACUCAAUGAUAGUCAUGCUGAAGUUUUUGCCCGUAGAGGCUUCUUACUUUAUCUUUACGACAAUUUAGAGAGGAGUUUAAAGAAUGAGCCCUCAAUAUUUACCCAAGAAAGUGGUAAGUUCGUGUUAAAAGAUGACAUAGAUUUUAUUUUUUACUCAUCACAAUUACCUUGUGGAGAUGCGUCAAUAAUACCUAAGACAGGCGAAGAGGAACAGUUUGGAGAUGUUAUAGAGUCUAACAAACGUUCAGCAGAUGAUGGUCAUUGUGAAGAAAGUAAAAAGUUGAAGUUAGAAGAUGAUAUUCACAGAACAGGAGCAAAAUGUUUACUGGAUUCGGAACAAGAUCCAAAAGAAGAUGGAAAUAAAUAUCAUUUAGUCAGUCAAGUGCGAACGAAGCCUGGGAGAGGUGACCGAACACUGUCCGUCUCUUGUAGUGAUAAAAUGGCUCGUUGGACACAUGUUGGUAUUCAAGGAGCAUUGUUAGAUAUUCUGCUUGUGAAACAAAUUUAUAUAAAACAUUUCAUUUUUGGUGCUGGAGUACCUUAUUCUGAAGAAACUUUGAGAAGAGCAUUUUUGAAAAGAAAUUUAGAUAAAGAAGUAUAUUUAAAGUGUAUACCAGAGGUUUAUCAAUCGUCUGUAAUAUUUGAAUGUGUAAGAAAACAAGAGGAUUUACGGCCAGCACCAGGAAGUGUAGUUUGGGCAAAGUUAUAUGAAUCGUUUUCAGAAGUAGCUGUCCAAGGACGAAAGUUAGGAGUAACUAAAAAGAAGGCCACCUCACCAAGUUCCUCUUUGUGUAUCAGCAAAUACAAAUUGUAUGAAAAGUUCCAAUUAAUCUUAUCAAUGGACAGAGUUAUAAGAGAAAAUGUGAUAGGUGAUAAUUCACCUGAUGAAGUACCUUAUUCUGAAAUGAAGAGAAAAGCUACAAGUUAUCAAAAUAGCUGGACUUCUGUUAAAAAGAACUUCUUCAAAAUGUGGACUGUAAAACCAGAUAUGUGGAAUUUCUGCAUAAAGUCUUCUGGUCUAGUGCAAUCUACACAGGAAACAUGUAGUUGAAUGUAUGGGGUGUUUUGCUAAUAAAUAGUGCAAAACAAAGACUAUACAAAUGAAGAUGACCGUAAACCGUA